AAUUUUUAACCUUUUUUUAUCUAUACCUUUAUACUAUUGGUAGGACAGGAGGGAGAGAGAGAGAGAAGAAAAGAAAGAAAGAAAAAUAUCCAAGGGACACCGUUUGGUAAGAGCUUGAAAUUGGGACAAAAUCAUUGCCAAUUGAGACCACCUUUAAUUAUCUUCUCUACUCUGCUUUCGGUUUCCGCAAUCCCUGCAAUUCAUAUCCCAAUACCCUUCAGCUUCCUUAUCUGUUAGAGUUUCUCUUGAAAGUUGAAUCCCCCAUUCAAAGAGAGAAAGGAUUGAGUAAAGCAUGGCAUUUGCAGGGACAACCCAGAAGUGUAUGGCUUGUGACAAGACUGUUUAUCUAGUUGACAAGCUAACAGCGGAUAACCGUGUUUACCACAAGGCCUGCUUCAGAUGCCACCACUGCAAAGGCACCCUCAAGCUUAGCAACUACAAUUCCUUUGAGGGAGUACUCUACUGCAGGCCACACUUUGAUCAGCUCUUUAAAAGAACUGGCAGUCUCGACAAAAGUUUCGAAGGGACACCUAAAAUUGUAAAACCAGAAAGGCCACUUGAUAGUGAAAAACCUGCAGUGGCCAAAGUCACAAGCAUGUUCGCUGGAACUAGAGAUAAAUGUGUUGGCUGUAAGACAACUGUCUAUCCGACUGAAAAGGUUACAGUAAAUGGAACUCCUUACCACAAAAGUUGCUUCAAAUGUUGCCAUGGAGGGUGUACAAUCAGUCCAUCGAACUACAUUGCACAUGAGGGUAGACUUUACUGCAAACACCACCAUAUCCAACUCAUCAAAGAGAAGGGCAAUUUGAGUCAGCUUGAGGGUGCCCAUGCGAGUAAGGAUGGAGUUUCGGAGAAAGUCGACACCACAGAAGUUGCUGCAGAAAUAUGAUACAUAGAAUAAACUACUUCUAGUUGUCUAUGUUGCUCUCGUUUCCCUUGCCUCGUUAUGCAUUCCGGAACGCAUUUUGCUUGCCAGACAGAUGGAUUCCUAUGUAUAAAUAUAUAUAUUACAUAUAUAUUUGAUGCAUGUGUAUUCAUUUGUUGCUUUUGGGUUUUGUUGUGAGAUUUGUGAAUGAACAAAUGAGAUACCAAAAAACAAACUCUUUAGUUGUUCUUAUGCUCCUCUCGGUUUUGUUCCUCUUAUUUAGUUUGCUUGUGAGCUCUUAUUGUGUCCCCCAUUGAUGUUGAAUAAGUAUUGAGGUAUUUCUUUUGCCCCUCUA